UCGACUUCCCUGCCGGCCCCUCUCUGCGCGGCGGCCCCAAAACUUGGGGGUGAAUGGCGGGCGCGCCGCCAAGUGGGACUCCUGGGGAGCUGGGCCCAGCGGAGCCCGAAGACGCGCGCGGCUGGCGCAGUCGGGAGCACGGCGACCGCGUGGCUGAGCUCUUCUGUCGCCGCUGCCGCCGCUGCGUGUGCGCGCUUUGCCGGGUGCCGGGCUCGCACCGCGGCCACCCGGUUGGUCUGGCUCUGGAGGAGGCGGCGCGCGUGCAGAAACUCACCCAAGAAUGUUUAAAGAAUUUGACAACCAAGAAGCAGCAGCAAGUUGGCAACCUAACCCAACAAGAUGCUGCUGAGAAGCUCAAGGCUCGUGCAGAGUCAAGUAAAACCUGGCUGACAAGGAAAUUUACUGAACUCAGAUUACUACUUGAUGAAGAGGAAGCUCACCAAAAAUUCAUUGAGAAAAACACACAGCUUGCCCUGCAGGCGUACAGGGAGCAAAUCGAGUCUUGUGGGGAGCAAAUCGAUGUCAUGAACAAUCUCUCCAACAGGGUCUGGAGUAUCAGCCAGGAACCCAGUCCUGUACAGCUGCUGCAGGCGUACACGGCCGCUGAGCAGCAGAUGCAGCAGCAGAUGAGCCUGGGGGAGUCGUGCCACCCCGUGUCCCACUCCUUUGAGCCCGUCAAGAGCUUCUUUAAGGGCCUUGUGGAAGCCAUGCAGAGCCCGCUACAGACGCCACUGGACGUCCGCCUUAAGGCGAACGAGAACUGCCAGCUCUCGGGCUCCUCCGGCGCCCAGCCGGGUUCCCUGUUGAAAACAAGCCCCUCACCAGAGCGAUCACUCUUAAAACACGCACGCACGCCCACGCUGGAGCCAGACGCGCUACACGCGCGCCUGCGCCGCUCGGCAGACCGCUCGAAGGUGCAUUGCGGCCGCCUCGGCAGCCUGGGGCUCAAGUCCGCGCUGCAUUUCGACAUGCUGUGGCAGGUGCUGGGCCGCGACUGCUUCGACGCCGGCAGCCACUACUGGGAAGUGGACGUGCAGGAGGCUGGCGUCGGCUGGUGGGUGGGCGCGGCCUACGGCUCCCUGCGGCGCCGCGGGGCCUCGGCCGUCGCCCGCUUGGGCUGCAACCGCCAGUCCUGGUGCCUCGAACUAUAUGACCUCGAGUACGGGGCCUUCCACGACGGCCAGCGCAGUCGUCUGCGGCCCCGCGACGACCCCGACCGGCUCGGGGUCUUCCUGGACUAAGAGGUCGGCGUCUUCACCUUUUACGACGUGACGGGCGGCAUGACCCACCUGCACACCUUCCGUGCCGCCUUCCAGGAGCUGCUCUACCCGGCCCUGCGGCUCUGGGAAGGGGCCAUCAGCAUCUCCCGACUGCCCUAGGGGCCGACACCUGAGUGGCCGCCCUAGGCUCUCCGCGGCUCUGGUCUCACCCGAUCCAGACGUGGCUGGUCUACUGCCGCCUCUGUAAGCAUUCCCAUCCUCUCCCCUACCAGUCAUGCCCUGUGCUUUGAACAGUUACUCUCCUAGGUAGGCUAGUUUCA